AUGGCGGAUGCGGAGGAGGAAACUGAAGUAACUCCGCCUCGUUUAUCCGCGAGCGAUUUUGACAUAUUCGCCGAAAAACUCCUGACGCACCAGUUACUGUUGACUGCACUUGAGCUGCACACGGAAUUAGUUGAAGCAGGUCUGGAGAUUCCUCGUUUACGUGAUUUCUUCUCCAAUCCUGGGAAUUUCGAACGUCAAUACCAGACGACAACACUAAGCGGUAGCGCACACUCGCCAGUUAUACCUCGCACAUCUAGUAUUGCAACCAUUGAUUCACUGGAUGAUUAUGCUCGUUAUUCAGACGAUGGUGCCCGAGACACAGAUGAAAAGGUUGCAGUCUUAGAAUUUGAAUUGAGGAAAGCUCAUGAGACUAUUAAAGCACUGAGGGGAUCUUUGACUGAAGCAACUGAAACUGAAACUCCAGCUUCUGAAAGUAGUCAUGGAGAGAAUAUUGACAGAGAUCAUUCAUCUGGAGGGGACUCCUUGAGACCACAUGAGAAGCGAGCCCUGAAUUUCUUAGUGAAUGAAUACUUACUAAAGAAUGGCUACAGAAUGACCUCUGUAACUUUCUCAGAUGAGAAUGCUGAUCAGGACUUUGAUGACUGGGACGAUGUGGGUUUGAACACUGCCAAGCCUCCAGACCUGCUGCAUCUUUACAGAGACUAUGGACAUCACACUGUACCUGAAGUGAUGUUGGUGUUGAAAUCAGUGAAAGAAGAGAAAGCAAACUUGGAGGCAGAAUAUGCCAAGUUACAAGAGGAGUGCAAACAGCUUCAGGAGGGAAUAGGAGAGUUGAAAUAUGAGAACCAUACAUUGAAUGAAACAGUUGAAAAAUUGGAAAGUGAAAUAAAGGAGAUUGUCAACUCAUCACAUUUGACUGAAAGGGCCUCGCUGAGCGUAGAGAAAAGCAUUGAAUUAUCAGAGACAGAUACAGAUGGUGUCACAGCAGAACACAUCAGCGAAUCAACAACAAAGAAUGAGGACGCCACUGAUGGUACGGAGAACAGUGAUGCUGUGGAGAUUAGUGAAAGAGGCAAUGUACCAAAUGAGGAAGGAAAUGGAGACGCUGCAGAGAAACUUCAGACUAGUGAAGAAUUGGGUAGUAAAGAUCCCGAAGAAAAUUUACCUGACGAUGGUGGUCAUCAACGAAAUACAGCCGAUGUGGAACUGACACAACAAAAGGGUGAUGACCCUCAAGUCACACCUUUCUCUCCAUCGUCACAGCCAAGCGGCAAUGAAGAGAAAGAUCAAACUUCAUCAAGAACAACUUCAUCUUUAUUUAGAGACACGCUGUUGACUUUCACGCACGUACAGUUAGAGAAUAGACUUUCUAAUGAGGUCUGUAAGCUUUCCAACGCUGACGAAAAUGUGGUUCUAAUUGUUGCGAGAUGUUUGCCUCAUAUUGUACCAAACGUGUUGCUUAACAAAAGAGAGGAAUUGAUUCCCGUAAUUCUUUGUUCAGCCAUUCACCAUCCAGCUGUGAAGGAAAGAGAUAAUCUUCUUCACAUGUUAUUUAAUCUUAUUAAACGACCAGACGAAGAUCAGAGGCAGAUGAUUAUGAGCGGGUGUGCUGCGUUUGCGCAGGUCGUGGGACCAACUCGAAUAGAGGCUGAACUUUUACCACAAUGGUGGGAACAGAUUGGCCACAAGUAUGUUGAAAGAAGACUCCUUGUUGCUGAAGCUUGUGGUGGAUUAGCGCCGUAUUUACCGGAUUACAUUCGUAGCUCUCUCGUGUGGUCCAUGUUGAAACAAAUGCUGAGCGAUGAUCGAAACGAGGCUGUUCGAGAGGCCGUAACAAAGAGUCUGGGACUUGUCGUGGCGUUUAUGGAAAAUGUGGAUAAAUAUCAACAGGCCUACGAGUUGUUAGAGGAAACGUUGUUUGAUCCGUCAGAAAAAGUAGCGAAGACUUCCAGAGAAGUGUUUCUACCGUCAUUUGCCGCAUGGGCUCAAGAUCUUGAUAAAGUAGAGUCUCAUCUCUUCACCUCCCUAAUCUCCAUAGUGGAAAAUGCCUUAAAGGAUUUAGAGCAGGUUCACGAACUUGCCAAUGACUCAGAUGAUACUGAGAAAGUACAUAAAACAUUUGAAGCAAUUCACGACAGACUGGCACGCUCUGUUCAAGUUAUUUCAUCGCUUAUUCCGGUGCUGUUUGCCUCAGUUCUACGGACAGCGCCAUUUUCCAAAAAGCCAGAAGAAGUCGAAAAAUACAAUGUGCCAGUUGCACCAGGAAGAUUGCUAACACCACAAUCGCCGCUGACCGAUAUCGAGACGAUUUUUGGCGGGAACCAGGCUGUCGCCUUCCAUGUUCGUCGAUUUGACAAGCACGUGUCGGAGGACCACUUUGAUUCAUGGGAUAGUUUGACCUGGAUUCAUUACGAAUGUUUACCCAAUCUGUGUGAUAUUGUAGGAAAAGUUCAUGUAUCUUUGACGGACUGUGUACAACAGUUGAUUUCCCUCUUUCGCUCUUUGUGUAUUACACUUGGGAAACCAUACUCAGACAAAAAGAUAAAACCAUUUUGUAUGCAAAGAUUAAAUGUUCUCUCUUUAGACAAAGAAAAAAGAGAAAGUCUCCUAUCCAGUGCCUCGCUUCCAGUUCUGGCCGCUGGCAUCCUGGGUUGUUUUGAUUCGGAGGACGACAUGUCUGAACUGACGUCAUUAUUACGCAAUUCGGUAAUUGCCCUGGCUGAAGCCUCGGCAUCACUCCAAGGACCAAUCAUCAUGUACCAGGAGUUGAGUACUUCAUCCCGCUAUCUUGAGGUACUUAUAGGUGUUCUUUGGGAGAUAGUUGUCCAUUCCAGUUCCUUAGUACGCUGCUGUGCGGCUCCUUUAUUUACUGUGUUAAUGAAAGGUGUUGACCUGGAUCUAAUCAGUAGAAAGGUUUUACCAGCUCUAGUAACUUUAGCUUCAGAUUCACAAAUGUCAGUUAGAACGGCGGCAAUUCCGGCGUUUGGUGCAAUAGUAGAAAAUGUCACCGAUAAAAUGAUUUUAGAAAAAGUUUAUGUACAGUUCCAGUCGUUUCUUGAAGACCCACAAUACAAAGAUCAACAUGAACUACAGGCUACCAUGAUAAGAACGUUUGGCAAGGUCGCCCCUCAUGCAGAGCCACAUUUCAGAGAUGAAGUUCUCUUACCGCGGCUGGUUGUCAUGGCAACAAUCAAUAACCAAUCGCAAGACGACACGAGACGGAGGGAGAUUGCACUGGAGCUAAUGGAAGCUUACGUGUCUUUGACGUGUUGUUUCAUCUCUAUUGAUGUGUUAAAUGAUUACAUCAUCCCAGGACUCCGCGCGGUUAAACAGGACAUCGAGGCUUUGGCUCCAGAAUGCGAGGAAACUGUUCAUGUGCUUCUCAGAGAAUGUGAGGUUAAGGCAGACCAGAAAUCACUCUCACACCUUCCUUCCAGUAGCAAAAUAGGACAAGAAAUUAAAAGCACGUUUAUAAGUGGAUUCCAUCGAUUAAAAGAUGCACAGCGACCAAAAAUGGCGGACAUUUUUAAGAAGAAAGACUCAUGA